UGGGCGUGGUAGAUGUUAAUGACUCCGCCCCUUUCUUGAUCCCGCAUGAACAUGGCUGGCAGCGCUUGGAGGUCACUGGUCACCCGACUAUCGGGAAAAGUAAACCAAUGCAUAAAUGGAGCCCGGCCCUAUUCAAGCCAGAUGCAGACAGUUACCUUGAUACCCGGAGAUGGUAUAGGGCCAGAGAUUUCGUCUGCUGUCAUGAAGAUUUUCGAUGCAGCCAAAGCUCCAAUACAGUGGGAGGAAAGAAAUGUCACAGCCAUUCAAGGACCUGGUGGGAAGUGGAUGAUUCCUCCUGAAGCCAAAGAAUCCAUGGAUAAAAACAAGAUGGGCCUCAAAGGACCUUUGAAGACACCUAUUGCUGCCGGCCAUCCUUCCAUGAACUUGCUCCUGCGCAAAACAUUUGACCUUUAUGCCAAUGUGCGUCCUUGUGUUUCCAUUGAAGGGUUCAAAACACCUUACACAGAUGUGGACCUGGUUACUAUUCGGGAGAACACAGAGGGAGAAUAUAGUGGAAUUGAACAUGUGAUUGUGGAUGGAGUGGUGCAGAGCAUUAAGCUGAUUACUGAAAAAGCUAGCCAGCGGAUUGCAGAAUUUGCCUUUGAGUAUGCGAGGAACAAUCAGAGGAGCACGGUGACUGCUGUGCACAAAGCUAACAUCAUGAGGAUGUCUGAUGGGCUCUUUCUGAAGAAUUGUAGAGAGGUUGCUGAAAAUUAUAAAGACAUAAAGUUUAAUGAAAUGUACCUGGACACAGUAUGUCUCAACAUGGUCCAGGAUCCCACGCAGUUUGAUGUGCUAGUCAUGCCAAACCUGUAUGGAGAUAUCCUGAGUGAUCUGUGUGCUGGUCUAAUUGGAGGGCUAGGAGUCACCCCAAGUGGCAACAUUGGAGCCAAUGGAGUAGCAAUCUUCGAAUCGGUUCACGGCACUGCACCAGAUAUCGCAGGGAAAGACCUGGCUAAUCCUACUGCCCUACUCCUUAGUGCAGUCAUGAUGCUUCGGCACAUGGGUUUACAGGAGCAUGGGCGGAAAAUAGAGGCUGCUUGCUUUGAGACCAUUAAAUCUGGCAAGACUAUAACUAAGGAUUUGGGAGGAAAUUCGAAGUGCUCCGAUUUCACCGAUGAGAUCUGCCGCAGGAUACGGGACAGUGACUAGCCUUGUUUGCUGCAUUUCUUUCCUGAUUGAAAUCUGGCCAGCUGACAUCACACGCACAUUGUAUCCUGCUGUUUCUGGCUUUAUACAUCAACAUCUUAUCCCUUCCCUGUCAGAAAGAUCUGUUAUGAAAAGCAGAACACACUGGCAGUGAAAAAGUUUAAAUUGUUAAAUCCAAGUGGAAUUACAGCAUGUUCACAUGAAAAUUUACAGGCAAAAUAACACUUCUCAUGAAUGAGUAUUCUAAGUUUAAGAUACUAGAUCCCAUGUUUAAUUGACCGACCAUGUUCGUAGCUCUUAAGAUGCAGCUUGGUUGUAUAUUAUAUGUUAAUGUGAUAUGAAUCGUGUAAGAGCCUUUAUAAAAUAUAUUUGCUGCAUACUGCAGUAGAUGCAGUGUAUUGUAUGCAAAAUAACUAUUUAAAGUGCGUUCUUAAAGCAUCAAUGAUAUUUAUUUUGCACCAUAUCAUCUGACGCUAAGUAUCUCACUGCUGAAUAUAAUCCCACUUUAGUUCUUUCCAUGGUCCUUUUAAAGCACUCCAUAGCCCUGCUUCUAAUGCAUAACAUAUACAGGCCCACUUGAUACCUCGUGUUACUCCAUAAAGCCUCCUAUUAUUUCCUAUUAUAGUUUUCUAAAAUACUCCAUUAUUGUUUUCGUUAGAAAAAAAAAACCCUUCCUUUAGCCUCCUGUGGCACGGGAAAAGAAUGCUCUCAUUUGGUUCUGGUAUUUGAUUGCUAUUGUCCAUUAAACUUUUCACCACUAGAGGGUGCUGCAAUGUACGGUGCCACAUGGAGUUUAAGCACAGUCUGAAAUAACCCACCCAUACGAUUGUCUUUGUUUUAAGCCUUAAACCUCCAAUUUUGGAAGCUCUAUUUAUUGUGUAUCAGUUAAUUAAUUUACUCUGUACUUCCUGCAGUCUGUGUUCUGUUUGCACUUCACUUCGGUUUGCGUCUUCAUUAAAUGUGCAAGGUCUUUACAAAGAGACAUAAAGCUGAAUGUGAUUCAAGUUAUGUGGUUAUUAUUUUGGGGUGUAAUGCUAGUUUUGUGAGAUGAGUGGAUUAUUUCUAUAGAAAUAUGUACACGGUUUUUAAUGCUGUAAAUAAUUAUGCCAGAUACAACAUAAUAAAGCUGUUCUCGAUGAAUCAGAA